GUGCGCCCCGAUCCAGCAGCGGCGCAAUGGCAAGCAGGGAGCUUUCGAGGGGGCUAUGGAGGGCAUGGGAUGCUCUGGCGAGCCGACCACGGCCCCAAUGCGAACGGACGAUUCGACUGGCUCAACGGAGCCUCGACCCUCAGAUACGGCGAUGCAUUUCAACCACAGCCGCAAGGCAUGCUGAAGUCGGCGAAGAAGAGGUACAAGAGCCAUUUCAGGCGGCGCCCGAAAUCAACUACGAAACACUGGGAGGCGGUGGUGAUGAAGAAGAAGAAGGAGGAUUCAAGCGCGAAGCACGACCACUGCGUGUUGUACCUGCAUCGCCGUCGUACUUCAGCGCGAAGCCCACCUUUACCGACGACUUCCUUUCGCUGUCGGCUCUCCUCCGCAGUGUUGCCACGCUGCCCGUAAUACCGCCUGCAGAAGCGCCCAAGGUGGCUUGGAAGACGACUGAGCAAUACCGCAUCAUGACCAACGAGCCUGUCAAGACGGCACGAUACCACGGCAUGCUGCAAAUACUGCGGAGGCUGAAUUGCAUCCACCCCUCGCUCAUGCCCGAAGAGGUUAUGCAAGCUAUGCAGCGGUAUAAGAAGCCAAACCAGCCUGGAGAUAUCAAACCAAAGCCUGGCGUGAUUGACGAGCUUGGGCGCGCCAAAGGUGUUGGGCGGAGGAAGACAUCCUCUGCGGUGGCAUGGCUGGUAGAAGGCGAGGGCGAGGUGCUGGUCAAUGGCAAGUCCCUCUCGCAGUUCUUUGGACGGCUGCACCAUCGGGAGAGUGCUGUGUGGGCGCUCAAGGCUACUCAGCGGCUUGACAAGUACAAUGUUUUUGCUCUGGUUCGAGGCGGUGGCUUGACAGGUCAGGCAGAGGCCAUGACUUUGGCGGUAGCAAAAGCAUUGCUGGUUCAUGAACCAGCACUGAAGCCAGCAGUAAGACGAGCCGGAACCAUAACACGCGACCCAAGGAAGGUAGAGAGGAAGAAACCAGGUCACGUCAAAGCACGCAAGAUGCCUACCUGGGUCAAGCGAUGAGAUGUGUACUAUCUACUAGACAUGGCGUAUGUAAAUGCAAAGGCGCCAAGCGAAUGGCGGGAAUGUACCUUUUUA